AUCUUUUGAUGGCUCCUUCGCGCACGUGAACUUGAGAUGCCGGCUUGCCACCCCCUUCUUUCUGCAUCUGCAUAGCACUAUUCAAUAAAAGCACAUGUCAAUUCUUGGCAUUUCCAUCCUCCAAUUUUGCCUUUUUUUCUUUCUCUCUCUGCUCGUGUCGCACUUGUUUUGCCGGGGCCCUGCAAAAAGCAGCACAGCUCUUUUGGCAAAUGUGCAACCCGUAUUAUCCGCCGUGGUCACAUGGCAUUGCAAAAAACGAGGAACAAUGAUGUUAGCUCCGAAGACUCCCGUCGAACGAAACAUGGAGAAUUCGGGAGCGGAUGGGGUGGGUGUGUAAGAAAAAGGAACUUUGAUGGGCAUGGCAAUCUACCGGGAACUGCAUGCCAAACACCUCCCUUUUGGUGUACCUUAUAUUAGCUCGAAGCCUCGUCCUCAAAUCGACGUACCAGACCAGGCUCGGGUUUUCCCAAGUAGAGUUUCCGAAUGAACGUCGGCUGAUGAACGUUUUUGCCCAAACCAUAUAUGUCGUUCGUAUCGAUUAAAGCCGAUCGGUGAUAUACGGCUUUUAAUGUUUAUGAGUUUGUCGUUUUGUCUG